AUGAUUGGAUUAAAAGGCACACUCAAUGUCAUUGACAACUCUGGCGCCAUUGUCGCUGAAUGCAUUCGAGUCAUGACGAACAUUAACAUAAUAAUAGGCGACGAAAUUGUAUGUGUGGUAAAACGCGCACGACCCAUUAACCCCAACCUUACCGGCCAAGCAGCAUCACAAAAAGUCAAGAAGGGUGAGGUGAAGCACGCUCUUGUUGUACGAACCAAAAAAGAAAUGGCACGACCGGACGGACGAUACAUUCGUUUCGACGACAAUGCAUGCAUUCUCCUCAACAGCAAAAAGGAACCUCUCGGCACUCGUGUAUUAGGUGUCGUGGCUGCUGAAUUGCGACAAAAGAACUGGAUGAAGGCUGUCUCGCUUGCACCAAGAAUUGUAUAA